AUGACGUCAAAUGUGCGUACAGUGAGUGGUGCCUCAAUGACAAUCAGUCCGCAACCUCUCCAAUCCCCACACCCCAACUUCCCCCAAUCUCAAAUCAAACAGCCCCGGGCAAAGAUGGCAUUCCAAGCGCCACCGAAAAACAUCAUCGUUAGCGGUGGUGCCCGCGGCAUUGGACGCGCCAUGUCGCGCAUGUUCCUCGAAGCUGGUCACCACGUCUACAUCUUCGACAUUGACGAGGAGGAGCUCAAGCACACAACACACGUGCACCUCAAGCAGUAUUAUGAGGAGAAGAAAGUCGAGUACGGUAUCUGCAAUCUGCGCGAUGUGGAGGACGUCCGCAAGAAAGUCGUUACUGCGGCCGAGCAAUUCUUUGGCAGCCGUAUCGACGUGCUCGUCAAUAACGGCGGCAUUGCAGCUCCGCAGUGGAAAGACGGAAAGACAAUGGAAGACAAGGACACGUGGGACGAGUGGCAAGCUUACAUUGAGACGAAUCUGAGCGGUCCGUUCGCAAUGAGCCAAGCUUGCAUUCCGUACAUGAAGGCGCGUGCACAUGACCGCGAGAACGGCGCGCACAAAGAGCAAGGAGCCGGACCAUGUAUCAUCCACAUCGGCAGCUUCCGAGCACAUCAGUCUGAUCCGAACCAGGAGGGCUACGCAUCCAGCAAGGCGGGUCUGCUAGGUCUGAUGCAUUCAAUGGCCAUUAGUCUGGGUGCUUUAGGCAUCCGCGUGAACUUGGUGGCGCCGGGCAGGAUCAAGGUCGCACACGAGUGCAAGCAAGGUGACGAGGCGGGUACGAACUGGGAGGAGCAGGUUGGCGAGAAGGAUAUCAGUGACCACCCAACAAACCGCGCGGGUAGGCCAAAAGACGUUAUCGAUGCGUGCUUGUGGCUCAUCGAGGCUGGUUUCGUGACCGGCCAAGACAUCACUGUCGAUGGAGGAGCUCUGAAGAAGAAGAACUGA